UGGUGGCUUCUGUUAAGGCCUGGCCUGUUGGUGGUGGCCUGGCUGUUGGCCACGCUUUUUGGCCACAAAACGAAUUCAGUGCAACGGCGACUCUUGAACGCGUAAUUUUUUUCCGUCGCCGCCGCCGCGUUGCGUUUUACUUGGACAACAACUAGAGCAGCGACUAAGUACAACAACAACAGCAACAGUCACUGAAAUAAUAGCAACAACCAGUGCAAAAGGAGCGCCACUGCAGCCUGCCACCUCGACCAGCAGCAAAAGCCGCCAAAAUGCUUCCGUUCCGGCGUGGAGCGGCCUGGCAAACGCUCUUCCUGCUCUGCGCACUCGCAUAUUGCAUAAAUGAGGCCAGCAGCGAGGGUCGUGUCGUUUGCUAUUACACGAACUGGAGCGUCUACCGUCCGGGUACGGCCAAAUUCAACCCGCAGAACAUUAAUCCAUAUUUGUGUACACAUUUGGUCUACGCAUUCGGUGGAUUCACCAAGGACAAUCAGAUGAAGCCCUUCGACAAGUACCAGGACAUUGAGCAGGGUGGAUAUGCAAAGUUCACCGGCCUCAAGACCUACAACAAGCAGCUGAAAACGAUGAUUGCCAUCGGUGGGUGGAACGAGGCCAGCUCCCGGUUCUCUCCACUGGUGGCCAGCGGCGAGCGUCGCCAGCAGUUCAUCAAGAAUAUCCUCAAGUUUCUGCGACAGAAUCACUUUGAUGGCAUCGACCUGGACUGGGAGUAUCCGGCCCAUCGGGAGGGCGGCAAGUCCCGUGACCGCGACAAUUACGCCCAGUUUGUCCAGGAGCUGCGGGCGGAGUUCGAGCGCGAGGCCCAGAAGACGGGACGCACUCGAUUGCUCUUGACCAUGGCCGUGCCAGCGGGCAUUGAGUACAUCGACAAGGGCUACGAUGUGCCCAAGCUGAACAAGUAUCUGGAUUGGUUCAAUGUCCUCACCUACGACUUCCACUCGUCGCACGAGCCCUCUGUGAACCACCACGCCCCGCUCUACUCUCUGGAGGAGGACUCCGAGUACAACUACGAUGCAGAGCUGAAUAUUGAUUACUCCAUCAAGUACUACCUAAAGGCGGGCGCCGAUCGGGAUAAGCUCGUGCUGGGCAUUCCCACCUAUGGCCGGUCCUACACGCUGAUCAACGAGGAGAGUACGGAGCUGGGAGCCCCCUCGGAGGGUCCCGGUGAACAGGGCGAUGCCACCCGGGAGAAGGGCUACCUGGCGUACUACGAGAUCUGUCAGACGCUCAAGGACGACCCCGAGUGGACGGUGGUGCAGCCGAAUGCCAAUGUAAUGGGUCCAUAUGCCUACAGACGCAACCAGUGGGUUGGCUACGACGACGAGGCCAUGGUACGGAAGAAGGCCGAGUAUGUGGUUGCUCACGGCCUGGGCGGCAUCAUGUUCUGGGCCAUAGACAACGACGACUUCCGCGGCACGUGCAACGGCAAGCCAUAUCCCCUGAUCGAGGCUGCCAAAGAGGCCAUGGUGGAUGCUCUUGGUUUGGGCAUCAACGAGGUGGCCAAGUCGAACGGACCACAGAAACCGUCGCGUUCCCGCAGUCGCGACAAUGCCGUACAGAAUCGGAACCGCCUGAAUGCCAAGACAGAGGCCCCAACGCCGGCCAGCUCGAGGAGAGGUCCCAGCGGUGGACGUCGCACCAGCAGCACAGCAGCACCACCGCCUCCCAGCACCACCUUUAGGCUGACGGAGGCCGAUGGCUCCUCGCUGUACAUUGGAGGCCGGGGCUCGACAACACCAGCGCCGCCAACCACCCCCGAUCCGGGCUCGGACUUCAAGUGCGAGGAGGAGGGCUUCUUCCAGCAUCCGCGGGACUGCAAAAAGUACUACUGGUGCCUGGACAGCGGCCCCUCGGGCCUGGGCAUCGUGGCCCACCAGUUCACAUGCCCCUCGGGACUGUACUUCAAUCCGGCUGCGGAUUCCUGUGACUUUGCCCGCAAUGUGCCAUGCAAGACCAAGAAAUCCACCACAGCGUCUCCACCAGUGACCUCCACGACAACGACGACUACAGUGCGACCCAAUCGGUUGACAGCGGCCCCGCCAGCAAGACCCAUCUAUGCACCGCGCACCACCAGCAGCACCAGCACCACCUCGACCACAACCACUGCAGCGCCACCCGCUGAAGAUGAGCUGGAGUAUGAGGAGGAGGGCAGCGUCAGCGACGAUGAGCCGUCGCCAGGGGAAGAGGAUCCGCAGGUGAUCAAAGAGCUGAUCGAUCUCAUCCGGAAGGUGGGCGGCGUGGAGCAGCUGGAGAAGCAUCUGCUGCGAAACAAGGACGGCUCCAUUACGCUCAAGGAGAACUCCGCCAGCGGUGCCCCGACCACACCCUCGACCAUUAGCAAAUCUCUUUACGAUCGCGUGCUCAGUAGGCCCGGUACUCUCAAUUCCUUCACGCGCAAUCGACUGAAGAUCAACGAAUCUCCAGCUUCAGCUUCAGCCCCAGAGACCAGGACCGAGAGCAACAGCUCCUCCAACUCCAACGCCAACUACUCCAAGUACUCCUCGGUGUUGAGGGGCAACAGUCGUCAAGGACCGCAGAACGAGGGCAUCGAGAAGCUCACGGAGUUCGAUGGCUUCCUGAAGGAGCGAAAGCAGUAUGUGACCAUCAAUCGUCAUCGUUCGUCGAGCCAGGGUGAGUCCGAGGCCCAGUCAGAGUCCGAGGAAGCAGUCGAGGAGCAGUCCGAGCCGGAAACCACCACCCGACGACCCAUCAGUGCCGCCACGCCAUCGUAUACCAGCUUGCGACGAUCCCGACCCUCAACCACAGCGGCAUCAGCCGCAGAAUCCUCCCAGGAGGAGGAGGAGGAGGAGCAGGUGGUGCAGUCGCUCAGCCAAGUGAAGUCCUAUGCCACCUUGAGCCGGACGCGUGGACGCGGCACCACCGAGAGGCCGGAGGCUACCACCAGCAGCAGCACGGAAACGGAGUCCAUCUUGAGUUCGACAACCAAUCGCUACAAAUACUUUGAACGCACAAGGCCCACGAAGAGCGGCAAUGUAGAGGAUGCUGCAGCAGAUCCCGAGGAGGAUGAGGAGGAGUACGAGGAGGAUGAACCGCAGCAAAAUGUCACGGUACAGAGCAAACAAAGUCUCACAAGCCACAACCAAAACACACGUAAAUAUGCGAGCAUUGGUCGCAGUAGAACAACAACCACUACAGAAACACCACCAGAAACCACAACAGCAACCAACAACGGCACAGAGACUGCCAAGGCCAGCACCACCACCACCACCAACAACAACAACAGCAGCUACAAUGUGAAACAGAAUAACAACAAGAACCCAACAAUACCAACAACAGCAGAAAGCACCACAACACCUCAACCUCAACCACCGAGCACCACCCAACCAGAAACCACAACUAACGAAACCCCUGAACCAAUUGAAAGCACCACUUCAACCACUAACACCCAGCAUACCUCACCCACAACCCCAGCCACACCCACACCCACAACCACAACCACACCUAUUUUAGGAUCCACCAGCAUUGACUCAGACUCAUUGGCAACCGAUGAACCACUGGGCGAUGCCUCCCCCACUAUCCCACUAGUCCUAGACGUAGCCACCAGUACUACAACAACGACAACAGAGACGGAACUGGGAACAACAACACCCACAACAACAACUACAAUCACUGGAAACACCGAACGAAAUGACGUGGACGUGGACGACAGUGACGACAGCGAGGUAACAAAAACCAAGACACAAUACACAAAGUAUGCAACCACCAAUCGCAGGCGUGUGACAACAACAACCACAGCUAAAACGCCGACAACAACAACCACAAACAACAACAACAAUCCAGAAGCUGCGAUCGAUGCUAGUCGAAACGGUUUGAAUAGCAUUAGCAAUCCUAACGUAAAUAGCAUUAGAACCACCUACUCUGGUAGAAGGCAACCACAAAGAACCACACAGACACAGACAACAACAACCACAGAACCACCCACCACCACUAACCCGAAUACGCUGGGUAGCGUAUCUAGUCCAAGACCCUUUGGUUAUCCCAGACGGCGCACACGACCCACAGUCCAAAGCACAACCACUAGCACCACUACGAUAAACGAUAACGAUAACGCAGACGAUAAACAGAUAACAGAUGCAGUUGUGAAUGUAGUGAAGAAAACACGACUAUCCCAAGUGGAUAGGCCCAAGGUGAGUGCCAGUCUUACCGCCGAAACAACCACCACCAAUACAAUCAAUACAACCACCGCAACCAGUGCACCAGAGCACCACCAAAAUGUAGAAGUAGACGUAGAUGGUAAUGGUGGCAAUAGCUUAAGGCAUGACGUAGUUAGAACUAUUAUAAGUAAACCCCAUAAUGACGCAGAUGCCGACGAGAUCUACACCAAGACCAAGUACACUUGGCGCUCGGUGCGACUACCCACGGGAGCACGACGUCCGGCUGGUGCUGGGGCUGGGACGGGGCCCAAUGCCCUGGCCGGCGAGGACAAGGACACACGUAGGUACGCCGGCAAGCAGCUGUCCGCUGAUAACGAUGACGAGGAGCAGCAGCUGCCCUCCAAAUACCGCAGCCGCCGACUGAAUUCUGCGGAAGAAGAGUCCGAAGCAGCCUUUGAGUCAUCAGCUUCCGUUUCCUCUUCGGGCUCGCGCAACUAUAAAAACAUUCAACGCACUGCCAGCCGAGAAGGAGGAGCUUCAUCAAAUGACCAGCAGAUCCGGUACCAGGCCAUUAGCCGCGACACCGAAGGGACCGCACACCUCACCGCCGGGCGCAGCUCGAGCUUCGUGAGGGAUUUGGAGGGGGCCACGAGGCCACCACGCAACUACCAGCCCAUUUCCCGAGGCGGACAGAUUGUGGUGGAGACCACCACCGAGGACGAGAAUGUGGCCGCCGAAGUGAUCGACGAUGAGCUGCCAGCGGCGGCACGUGGCAGGACCAAGGCACCCGCCGCCAGCUCCAUCAAUGCGGAUGACAGCAACACGGCGACCGAGCAAGAGUCACCGGAGAUUGUCACGGCAGCUGCUCCUGAGCCACAGAUUCUGGACCUGGCUGAGGUAACCACUCUCCCAACGAUGGAAGACAGCGACAGCAGCCCCAGCAGCACCACUGAAGCAUCCUCCAACAGCACCACUACUGAUGCAUCCGCCAGCAGCACCACAACUGAAGCAUCCUUCAGCAGCACCAGCACUGAAGCCAUCUCCAGCAGCACCACAACUGAACCACUUGCUGUCAGCUCCACAGACGAUACUAUUGUGGAAGAAACCACCUUGUUCUUUUUUGAAGAAACUGCAACCGAUAUCAUCGAAAGCACUAGCAGCACUGAACUACCAACUACUAGCACAAGCAACACUGAACCAACUCCAAGUAGCACAAGCACCACUGAACCACCAGCUAGUAGCACAAGCAGCACAGAGUCUCAGCUGCACGAGACAACAGUGAAACCUGGUCGUCGUUCUUUCAGUCACGGCAGCACCACCACAACCACAACGGAAAACAGUGAAACAACUACCACCGAACCCGCAAAACGUCGAUCUUUCCUUCGAGGAGGUAAAACAACUACUGAGGCGCCCUCGGACAGCAGCACCACCAGAGCACAGAAAAAGGAUUUGAAUACACCAGAAGAAGAGCCCACAACACGACGCUCAUUCUUCCGUGCCAGCAGAACAAGCACCACAGAAGCAACAUCGACACCAACCACCACUGAAGUGGACAACAACAGCAGCAGCUCCUCAAGCGAAGAAACGCAGGGGGAAACAAUCACGGAGGCCACCACAAAACGCUCUUUCUUCCGCAACAAGACGCCCAGUACCACAGAAGCCACAACGCCAACAACAACCACCGCAGAGGAGCAGAUCCAACCAGAGACAACCACAGGCUUGCCAAGACGUCGCGUCAUAGUGCGGGGCAGCUUCAGGCCCCAGGGUAAGGAAGGGGAUCUUUCGUCCCUGCUAGCUGCCGAUGCCAACAAGAGAUCGAAGUACAACCACCAAGAGUCCCGAAGAGUGGAACCCACAGCAACAGCAGCACCACCACCACCACCAAAAGCAGCAGCAUCACCACCAGCAUCAGAGGAGGAGCAGCAGGAAGCUAAGGCAGACCAGGAGGAAGCAGAGGUAGAGGUAGAAGCCAAAGAAGCUGGCAAACUCCAUAGUCGCGCACCACUGAAUGGUGGCACGGUCCGCAAUCGCACCUCGACGAAGACCGAGUCCCUGGGCAAUGGCAUUACGCGCACACGCACCACCUAUGUACGCACCCUGGACGCCGGCCAGAAGGUGGUCAAGCGCAUUCACACCAAGACUGUGGAGGAGAAGCCAGCGGAGUACGAGUACAUAUACGACGAGGUGAGCCAUGCACCACCUCCGAGCACCACACAGAGGGCGAUUACCCGCAAUCGCGGAACAGUACGAUUCCAGAGCAACGAUCUGUCAUCACUGCUGGCCCUUGACUUUUCAUCACGUGGACAGCGCAAGAAGACCCCACCACCAGAGGCAACGGUGACAAAAACGCGACGCCGUCUGUUGAAGAAACCCAAGGAGACCAUCGAGCAUGAGGAGGUCGAGGAGUUUGAGUACGAGGCUGGCAACGAGAUAGAGGCAGAGGCAGGGGUAGAGAAGCAACCACAACCCAGCGCCACCACAGCUAGGGCCAUUCAACGCAGAACAAGACCCACGAGAACCACCACAGUAAGACCAGCAACAACCACAGCAGGCACACGAGCAACAACCCCUCGCAGCGAAGAUUCGCCUGUAGUUGAGGCCAGUACUCGUCGCAGCGGCUUUGCUGGUUUCAAGCGUCCCACAACAACCACCACAGAGGCACCAUCGCCCGCGACAUCGUCCACAGAGGCGCCACCAACAGCGGCAACUGCCACCACUAGACGUGUGCUCACCCGGAGACCAAUAGGAACGACAACCACCGAAGCAACCAUUGAUGCAUCUUCCACGGAAGACCAACUUUCAGCAGCCAAGCAGCGGUUUGUGAAUCGACUGAGAAACAGCAGCACCACCAGCACCACAACUACUAGUACCACUACAGAAGACCCACCGGCAGCCACCACAGAGGAUCUGAGUCUUCUGAAGCAGCAAUUGAAUAGCGCCCUGAACCGCCUGCAGUCGGGAAACGAAGUGGGUGCCACAGGAGGAGAAAAUGCAGUCACGGGGGGGGACAAGGACACCAGCGAGGAGGAGCAGGAGCUAUCGCUGCCCAUCUACCACCGCCGGAAGUACUAUCAGUACGUGAAGGAUUCCCCUAUAACGUAUAUAGACAAGUCCCCGGCACCACCGGACAUUGAGAGUGGGACUGUGAACAUCCGUCAGCAGAUCCAUGAUGUCUUCAAUGUUAGCGCCAGGGAUACGCUAAAUAAUUCCGUAGAAGUGGAGGAUGAGGAUGUAGAAAAAGAGGAGAAGGAGAAGGCUGAAAAGGAGCCACUGGAGCACCGACUAGCCAUGGAGCAGGCCAAGGAGAUCAAUGCCGAACUCGGUCAUUUUUUAUUGAAAACCCCCGGGUCACAGGGAAAGUCGCAACGCAGGGGCAAGACCUUUAAGACCAUACCACUGACGACGGCCUCGUCGAACGAGACCUCAAAGAUCGUCAGCAUCUCGCUGCUGGACGAUGUCACCAGCGAUGCCGCUGCGGAUUCUCAGCGAAGCGAGGAGGAUGCUCGGGGCCUGCGCACCUACACGAAGCUGAAUCGAACGCGCCUCACGCUGUCCACCAGGCUUCAGGUAUCCGAAGAGCAGCCAGCAGAAGCAACCACUAGGAGAGCCUACAGCGUUCCCCAACGCUUCCGCAGUCGGUCAACAACAAUCAGACCAACCACCAAAGCAGAAGCGGAAGCGGAAACGGGGCAAGAAGAGGCGGAAGUGGAGGUUGGAGUGGACGAGGAAGCGGAUACAACCACAAGACGCAGCUUUGCAGCAUUAAACAGACUGAGGAAUCGCGGUACAACCACGACAACCACAACUACAGAGCCAACAACAGCAACAACAACAACAACAACUAGUAGAAGCACACGACAACCCUACAAGGCUCUCAAUCGCAGGGUGACAACAACAACCACAGAGAUACCAUCUGGCAAUGAAAUCGAACCGACAACAAAGGGGGAAAACAACGAAAUGGCAACCAUCACUGAAGACUCCACAGAAAAAUCUAACCCACAGCUGGAUACCACCACUGAGGAGAAGGAGGCGGAGGAGGAGGAUGAGGAUGAGGAGCUGGUGGCCGAACAACCCGAUGACAAUGAGAUCUCCGAUGAAGAAGUCAGUUCAACAAUAACAACAACGACAACCACUGAAGCCAAUAGCGAGCGGCCAACACCAAUACCACGUCGCCAGCUGGUUAUAAGACGUCGCUUUAAUGGAACAACAACCACCGCAGCAACCACCACCGAUGACAGUCUUGACAACGAAAUAGAGCCAAGCAGCACAAAAACACCAGCUGGACCCACGGCACGUCGACCACUUUUGAUACGCCGUCGCUUUAAUGGAACAACAACCACAGUGGAACCGCCAUUAAGCAGCCAAAGCGAUGACAAUGAAGUUGAUCAAGGCGACAGUGGAUCAACAACAACAACCGCCGCCAGUGUGUCGGCUUCUCCACGGCGACAACUUCUGAUACGCCGGCGCUUCAAUGGGACGACAACAACACAAGCAACCACCGCCAGAACUGUUCAACGAGGGGGUUCAACGAACGAUGCCGAUGAUAAAGAGAUAACCACACGUCGACCGUAUGCAGCCUUGAACCGCUCACGUACUCGCUAUAGUACAACAAGCAGAACAACAACCACCGCCGGCGCUGAUGGCGAUGAAGAUAACGCGAACGAUUACGAGGAGAGCGAUGAGCGUGUGGAGAGCUCCACAGCACGUGCUGGCUUCCUUCAAACGAAUCGCCACAGGGCCUUAAAGCCGGUCAGCUUUGCGACCCGUCGCAGCAGUACAGCUGCACCGCCGAGGAUUAGCUCCAGUACGCGGCGCAAUCUGGUUGCCCUCAAUAGGAAUCUCUACCAUCGAGCGGAGGAAGAGCCAGAGCCUGAAGAGGAGGAGCAGGAGGAAGAGGAAUACGAUGAGGAGGAGCAGCUCGAGCCCGAACAUACACCUAGAACAUCAACGAGAUUGAGUCAAUUGCUUGCCAGCAGACAGAAAACCCCCCAACCACCCCAACCGGCAACUGACAGGACAAAGACACAAAUCCGAACCCAAACUCAGACUAGAACAGAAAUAGAAACAGAAACAGAACCAGAACAAGACGAGGACGACAAUGAAGAGGACGAGAUUGAAGCGGAUGUGGAUGAAGAGGAGGAUGAAGAUGAUAGUUCCGUAGAGGUAUCCACAACUAACAGCAACAGCAAAAGGGUAAAUGGUAGCACCACUAACACUAACCAAAGCACAAGCACCACCACAGCAACAACACCAGCACCAGCACUGAAUGUCGUGGCUAGUCGUAGUCGUAGCAACAGCACCGUAGCCAAUUAUUUGUUUAAUCGUUUCAAGCUUAACCAAAACCAAAACCAAAACAAAAACCAGUCAAACAUUUAUGCCAACAACAACCACACGAAACAACAAGAGCAACAGGUCACUGUUAAGGUUAAUCCUAAGGAUAGAGAUAGUGAUGAUGAUGUGAAUGAGAAUGAGAAUGAAAACGAUGCUAGUCCAGGUCCAGGGGAUGAAAAUGAUAAUGAUAAUGAGAAUAAUAUUGGGAAUAAUGUGAAUGCAAAUUCGAGUGUUGUACUAGGUAAUGAAGUUAAUUCUAAACGACGUUUUCAGAAUCGUUAUCAAUUGAGCCGCAGCAGAGCUACCAGCGGCAGCAGCACCACCACCACAGCCAGCAGUAUCAGCCUCAGCACCAAUCCAGUAGUGCCACCAACAACGACAUCACGUCGCUUGGCCUUUGGCGUGCGCCAGCGAUCGCAGCAGGUAACUAAAUUAACCCAAGUCGAUGAAGAGCACACUGAGGAGAAUGCACAGACUAAGGAUAGCCAAGAGUCCAACGAAGAGGCAGAAGACACAGACACCACAACGGCAGCAACAACAACCACCAGCAGCAGGCCGACGCCAAAGCGCAUACGCGUACUGAAAUUCCGACGACCCAUCAACACCACAGACAGCACAGCCACUAAUAGCGCCACUGAAACAGAAAACCACACAACAAACACAGUAAACACCACCAGCACAACAGCAACAACACCCACCGACACCACAGUGCACACCAACAACACAAAUACCAAUACCAAGCGUUUCCGUAAGAUUGUGCGUAAACUAAGACCCGUAGAAACCUCCAGCUCCCCCAGUGUUGCAGCUGGUGCUGAAGAGGGCUCCGAAGAUGGGGCCACCCGUAAACCCUUUGUGCCCAGCCACACGCGAUUUACAGGAACCACCGAUAACCAGGACCAGAACCAAAACCAAAACGAUCUUCUCAAUCUGCGACAACGCCUCAAGGAGCAGCAGGCCAAGGGCGAACCCCUCGAUGGGGUAUUGAGCACACGCCUGCGAGCGGGACUCGCACAGAAGACAGGAGGAUCAGAGGAUCAAGACAUCUCGGAGCUGCAGCGAUUGAGGGACAAGGUGAAAGCAGAACAGGCUCGGGGCAAUGGCGACCAAGGAGUAAUCAACGAUCGCCUGAAGAAGCUGCUGGCCGAGAAGUCAGACAAGUCACAGAAAUCGGAGAAAUCCGAUUCCAAUCAGGGCAAUGAGGCGCCAACCACUGAGGUCUCGGCACGGCCAUUCUUUAAGCGGAAGCUGGUGGCCAGAAGACCCUAUACACCUGCCGCAGCAGGAGCAGGAGCAGGUGGCACCACCAAGGCGCCACUCAGCUUCAAUAGCUCCCGACCCACACCGAAGUUUGUGCGGCGCAAGAACGGACGUUUCGAUCCCUUCAAUUCGAGUGUCCGCAAUAGGGGAGAGGGAUUCGUGCGCAGCGAUCCUCGAGGAUCCCGUCUGCCCGGAGCCGACCGCUUCAAGACCCAGAAGGCAGGAGGGGACAACGAGGAGGACGAGGGGGAUGAUGAUGAUGAGGAGGAGGAGGAGGAGGAACAGAGCGAGGAGGCUGUGGAGGCGCAGCAGGAGCAGCCGCUGAAUAAUCGCCCGCUGGGUGCCGCCGGUGGAGCCCUGAGGAGGCCUUUUGUGCCCAAAGCCAGGACCCAGCUACAACCACAGAAGCCACAGAAGAGCCAGGACGAGGAGAGCGAGGAGGAGGACGAAGAGGAGGAGGAAGACGACGAAGAGGAUGAGGACGAAGAGGAGGAGGCAAAGCCACAAACGAUCGAAGAAGGCACGCCCAAGCCAAAGUUCAAUAAUCCCUACCGCCCCAAGGACAAUCGCGCACUGCCCGGCAGUCGUCCGAGCUUUGCCCCCACCGCAGGUGCUGCCACUGGUCCCGGCGGCAAUGUGCCCUUCAAUCCCCGCGUUCGUCAGCCCAACUUCAGUGCGGGAGGAUCCACGACGGCUACUGGCUCUGGCAAUCGUUUUGGCGGUGCCACCAAACGACCCCGCGUGGUCAAUCGGCCACCGGGCGUGGCCACGCCCAACCUGACCCUGCGACCAGUGGCCAGCGAUUAUGAGCGUACCACACCGCUGACACCACUGAAGCCGGCACCGUUCAUUUCCAAUAACACGAGGAGCUACGAGAGAAAGUACACCGGGCCCUCCACAGAGGCCACGGAAACGGCCAGCGAGAACUCCCUGAUCGAGGACCUGAACAUCGAUGCAUUGAAUGCCAGGAACAAGAAGAUCUUCGAUAUCAACAGCAAGAAGCACACGACACUCAAGCCGAAGGUGGUAAAGGUGGAGACGGAAACGGGAGCAGUGACGGAGGUGGAGACUGGUACUGAGAUGGAGACGACAGAGCAGGUGGCACAGGAACAGGAUCAGGAUCAGGGCUAUGUGACAACCACACCAAGCACACCACCACCCACCACACAGCCAGACACCACCAGCAACACCAACACCACAGACACUGCAACAACCGAAACAUCCAUAGAAAUAGAUACCGCACCACCACCUCCACCACAGAUACCACCCACCAUCACCAACGAGACCCAAAAUGCUAAUGAAGCCCCCUCUUCACCCCCACAGGAAGCACAGCUCUCCACCAGCACCACCCAAUCGCCGCCGCCGGCCACCACCCUCCUGCAUGUCUUCACCCUGCUCGAGGGCGAGGGCGACGUUGAGGAACAGACGGCCUCCACCUCCACAAUUAGGCCGCCAAAGGCCCCGUUGCACAGAAGCACCGUUGCCGAGCCCAAGCACAAGCUGAUCGAGAUCAAUCGCAUUGUGGAGAUCAACUCAAAGCAGGCCAAGGCCGCCCAGCGGAAGUCCAAGGCCAAUCAGCAGGACUUCGGCAUGCUGCGGGUGGAGUCGCUGCCCCACGUGGAGCAGCUGGGCGAGAUCAGUGUGGUGAAAUAUGUACAUCUGGUCGAUGGCAGCGCCAUUCAGAUCAACGAUGGUCACAGCACCGUAGCCGACUACACGCCCACCGAGCCCACAGCCUACCGCAGCCCCUCGGCACCCGUGAGGAACACCCUGCCCCUUAACGAAGCGGACACAGAGACAGAGGCGGAGCGCAGUGGCAAGUCCCUGCUGCCGGAGGUCAUCAGUGGUGCAUUGGAGACAUCCACCAUAUCGCUGGAGGGACUCUUCGAUUCGCCCCGCAAGGGCAAGCAGUUGAGCAGCAACAGCAUACUUCAGGAUGAUACAGGGGAGACAACGACCAUCGAAAGCGAAAGCGAAACCACGGUGGUGCCACCCACCUUUGCUGCCGUCCAGGCCACAUACGUAAGACCCAUUGUACCCCUACUGCGUCCCGAAUCCAACGAAUCCUCUCCCCUAGUCAUCUCGAUAGCCAAUCUUGAUAAAGUCAUACUGAGCAAGGUGCAGAAAUCGCUGGCCGAGUCGAAAGGCGCUGGUGCCAUAACGAGCACCACCGAUGCCACUGAUGCCGCUGAUGCCACCGAUGCCACCGAUACCACCAGCAACGAUUCGAACUCAGCAUUCUCUGUGCGUCAUGCCUCAGUGCUGCAGGCACCAAUACCCGACACCAACACUCACAAAACACAACAAAAACAACAAGAACAAGAACAGAAACUAGAAACCACAACCCCAAUUGACAACAAUCAACAGCUGCCGCCGAGCAGUGGCGCUAUUAGUGGACAAGACACAAGAACAGCAAUUAACACUCAACAACAGCUGUCGAACAACAACAGUGAUGGCAGCAGCAACGGCAACAGCAACACCACACAAACAACAGCAACAACAACCACCAACAACAACAUUGGCAGAAGCGUGAGCGAGAUAGUCAGCUAUAGCACAGAGACCCAUGUGGUGCACCGCAAGAAGAAGGCGGGUCGCAAGGGGCGUGGCCGAAGACUGCGCAAAAAAACAACAACAGCCCCGGCCACAGGCUCAACCACAUCGAUAGACGACACCACAGUGGUGCCGCCUCAGUAGGGCCACCAAAACACCCCCUCCCCCAACACGUAGUUAGUUAUUUCUAGUCUUAUCCCCUGAGAACGCACCCGCCCCCUCCACGAAGAGAGCUUUUUUCGGGCGUUUAACCCAUUGCAAGCUUAACCCCUUGCUGCCUGCCACUGUCCCUUGUAAAUAAUUGGCUGCGUUGCUUUGUCUUUGAAUUAACAGCAAAAACAAAAACAAACACAAUUUUUAGGCGCUGAUUUUUCCAAAUUUCUUCAGAAAACAUAAACCAAAAUUGCCCAUUUUCAAGUGCUGCCUGCUUUUCGGAAUAUUCUACUUCUACUUUCAUUUCUAUACUCGUAAAUAUAUUUUUUUAAUAUAUUAUUUAAACAAUUCGUAUUCUUCAAGCUGCCAUACCUAAACAAAAACAAACACACACAAACAUACAUACACAUAUACUUACAAACACACACACACACACAAACGCACAUAUUUACAUUCCACGAUGCAGAUACGAAAAGUCUUUCCUUGGUUCAAUCAAUCAGUCAAUCAAUCAAUUCGACCCCCAGUGGAUGAUAUACAUAUGUACCUUAAAGUACCUUAACGAUCUUUAAAAUUUUGCUUUUGUUUGCGCAGUUCUUCCUCUUAUUUUUUCCUCUCCACUAUCUUUCCACACUCUUCUUUUCCCCUAUCCGAAAAAAUAUCUUAAGUAUAGCUCUAGUUGUAAAAUAUUUAUGCACAACAAAUAAAAUAAUGAACAAAAAGAAACCAAUUA